GCAGGCUAGCUGCCAAGAAGGUUAUUUCCUGCUGCCCUCAGAGCAAGCCUCUCCGAAAAGGGGGCUGCAGGAAUUUUCUCGUCCUCCCUCACCGGCCGCGCCCCCAACAGCGCAGCGCCCUCCAGGCCUGCUGGAGGUGAGGGAGGUGCUGCCUGCCCGCCCCUCCGUCUUCUCCUCCCCUUAGUGCUCCCCACCCUCCACUCUCCUCCCUCCUUCUGUCGACUCCUCCUGCCGCUGCUGCUGCUUUGGCUGCUGCGUCAUACGCCCCAGAGCCGCCAGGACGGAGGGGCUGGGCCCGGGGACCCCCUGGCCUCCCCCUGCACGCCCCCCUACGCUCACACUCAGUCUUCCAGUACCGGGGACUCACCCAGGUCUCUUGGGUCUGCCCCUACCUGGCUUCCAGCUGCCCCAGCUGUCACCGCCCCCCCCAGGAUGCAAUGGCGCAGCUCCCCCGGCUGAGCCGUUUGGGUGCCCCCUCUCUUUGGGAUCCAGCUUCCCCUGCUCCCACCUCAGGCCCCAGACCUCGGCUUUGGGAGGGUCAAGAUGUGCUGGCCAGAUGGACUGAUGGGCUGUUGUACUUGGGUACCAUCAAAAAGGUGGACAGUGCUCGGGAGGUGUGCUUGGUCCAGUUUGAGGAUGAUUCCCAGUUUCUGGUUCUAUGGAAGGACAUCAGCCCAGCUGCCCUCCCUGGGGAGGAGCUGCUCUGCUGUGUCUGUCGCUCUGAGACCGUGGCCCCUGGGAACCGGCUGGUCAGCUGUGAGAAGUGUCGCCACGCUUAUCACCAGGACUGUCACGUUCCCAGGGCCCCAGCCCCUGGAGAAGGAGAGGGUACAUCCUGGGUGUGCCGCCAGUGUGUCUUUGCAAUCGCCACUAAGAGGGGAGGCGCCCUGAAGAAGGGUCCCUAUGCCCGGGCCAUGCUGGGCAUGAAGCUCUCCCUGCCGUAUGGACUAAAAGCGCUGGAUUGGGAUGCUGGGCACUUGAGCAACAGACAGCAGAGCUACUGUUACUGUGGAGGCCCUGGAGAGUGGAACCUGAAGAUGUUGCAGUGCCGGAGCUGCCUCCAGUGGUUCCAUGAGGCCUGCACCCAGUGUCUGAGCAAGCCCCUCCUCUACGGAGACAGAUUCUAUGAAUUUGAGUGCUGUGUGUGCCGGGGUGGCCCUGAGAAGGUCCGGAGGUUACAGCUUCGCUGGGUGGAUGUGGCCCAUCUUGUCCUCUACCAUCUCAGUGUUUGCUGUAAGAAGAAAUACUUCGAUUUUGACCGAGAGAUCCUCCCCUUCACCUCUGAGAAUUGGGACAGUCUGCUCCUGGGGGAGCUCUCGGACACGCCCAAGGGCGAGCGCUCUUCCAAGCUCCUCUCUGCUCUUAACAGCCACAAGGACCGUUUCAUUUCAGGGAGGGAGAUUAAAAAGAGGAAAUGCCUUUUUGGUCUCCAUGCUCGGACCCCUCCUCCUGUGGAGCUCACUGAAGAUGAAGCACCCACCAGCUUCCCUUCAGGGCAGGGCCCUGGGGGAGGGGUCUCACGUCCCCUGGGGAAACGACGGAGGUCGGAGCCAGAACCCUUGAGGAGGAGGCAGAAAGGGAAAGUGGAGGAACUGGGGCCACCCACAGCAGCGCACAGUCGGCAUGGGUCCCGGGAGCAGAGGGCCCUGCAGGCCUCAGUGUCUCCACCACCCCCCAGCCCUAACCAGAGCUACCAGGGCAGCAGCGGCUACAACUUCCGGCCCACAGACGCCCGCUGUCUGCCCAGCAGCCCCAUCCGGAUGUUCGCCUCCUUCCACCCUUCUGCCAGCACUGCAGGGUCCUCUGGGGACAGUGAACCCCCAGACAGGUCACCUCUGGAACUUCACGUUGGCUUCCCCACAGACAUCCCUAAAAGCCCUUCCCACUCAGUGACUGCCCCGUCUUCCUCGGCCCCAGCCCUGACCCCAGGCCUUUCCAGACACUCACUAUCCCCUUCUCCCUUGUGCCGUAGUUUGUCUCCGGGGACUGGGGGAGGAGUCCGAGGUGGGGUUAGCUACCUGUCCCGAGGGGACCCUGUUAGGGUCCUUGCUCGAAGGGUGCGGCCUGACGGCUCUGUGCAGUACCUAGUUGAGUGGGGAGGAGGGGGCAUCUUCUGACAGCUCACUUCUGCUCACCUCCCCAUCCACACACUGGCACUUUCAUGCCCUGAUCCCUGACCUCUGACCUCACCUACAGCUGGGAUGUACCUGGAGAGACAGGGAGUGGUUCUCCCUCCUGCCCAGGCUGGAAUCCAGGGGAAUGGGGAAGAGUUCCUCUUCUCUGUCCCUUCAUGACUCCUAACCCCCCCUCCUCAUUUCCUUUGAUGUUAUUUUGUUACAGCUUUUGAGAUAUUUUUUAAAACUAUUUAACCCUUGGGAUUAGAGAUUGGGGGGUUGGGUGGUCCAGGAUUCCAGACUGUACGACUCUAAUAAAGAUAAAUAAACCUAG